CCCUCGGAACCACCCAGAACCGAGCACAGGGACCCUCGGAACCACCCAGGACCGAGCACAGGGACCCUCGGAACCACCCAGGACCCGAGCAGAGUGACCCUAGGGAUCAGCCAGGACCGAGCAGGAGCUGAGGGACCCCCGGGACCACCCAGGACUGAGCAGAGGGACCCCAGGGACCGAGCAGGAGCUGAGGGACCCCUGGGAGCAGCCAGGACCGAGCAGGAGCAGAGGGAUCCUCGGACCACCCAGAACCCGAGCACAGGGACCCUCGGGACCACCCAGAACCCGACAGAGGGACCCCCGGGACCACCCAGGACUGAGCAGAGGGACCCCAGGGACCGAGCAGGAGCAGAGGGACCCCCGGGACCACCCAGGACUGAGCAGAGGGACCCCCAGGACCACCCAGGACUGAGCAGAGGGACCCCAGGACCGAGCAGGAGCAGAGGGACCCCGGUCCUGUGCUGCAGGCAGCAUGGCGCAGUGGCAGGAGGUGCAGAGCUUGGCCAACACCUACCUGGAGCAGGUGCACCAGCUGUACGCGGGCUCGGCGCUGCCCAUGGCCGUGCGGCAGUCCUUGGCCGCCUGGAUCGAGAGCCAGAACUGGCGCCAGGCGGCCGAGCCGCUCUGCUCGCACGCCCGCAUGCUGUUCCACUCCUUACUGGUGCUACUGGGAGAGCGCCUGGGCAGCCUGGGCUCGGACCGCGAGGAUUUCAUGCUGAAGCACAACCUGCGCAAAGCCCACCGCGACCUCCAGGCCGAGUUCGAGGAGAAGCCGGAGACGUUCGCCAACCUGGUGGCCAACCUGCUGCAGGAGGAGCGGCGGAUCCUGCGCCUGGGGCAGGCGGGGGGGCAGGGGGGUUCGGCCCCCGCGCCCACCCCAGCCCCGGAGAACGGCCGGGAGCAGCAGAUCCAGCAGCGCUUGGGCGACUUCCACAGGGCCCUGCAGGAAGCCGAACGAGCCUUCAGGCACCUGGAGGAUUUGCAGGAUGCCUUUGACUUCUGCUUCAAGGUGCACUACCAGCCAGAUGGGGAGAGGAACGGGGACCCCGAGUACAUGCAGGAGCUGAAAUCCCUCGAGGACAAACUGAAGAACCUGGACCAGCAGCGCAAGGAGGUGCUGGCUCAGAUGCAGCAGCUCCUGAGGCGCAGCGAGACGCUGCAGGAGCUGCUGCAGCAGGAGCUGGGGGACUGGCGGGCGCGGCAGCAGCGCCAGUGCAUGGGGGGCCCCGGCGACACCAACCUGCGCCCGCUGGAGACCUGGUUCACGGAGCUGGGCCAGGGGCUGUUCCAGCUGCGGCAGCUGCUGCGGGCGCUGGGCGACCUGCGGCAGAAGGUGACCUACGCCAGGGACCCGCUGGUGACAGAGACGCCCCUGCUGCAGCAGCGGCUGCAGGAGCAGCUCACGCACCUGCUCAGGAGCGCCUUCGUGGUGGAGCAGCAGCCCUGCACGCCCAACGCCGCCCGGCGCCCGCUGGUGCUGCGCACCACCGGCAAGUUCUGCGCCCGCGCCCGGCUGCUGCUGCGGCUGCACGACCGCAACCACCGCAUGGAGGCCCGCAUCCACAUCGACAGGGACCCCCCCAACAUCCGAGGGUUCCGCCGCUUCAACAUCCUGACAUCGAGCAGCAAAACGCUCCUGGCCGGGGACAGCCCGCAGGAGGGGCUGCUCUGCGACUUCCAGUACCUCGUAGGGACCCCCGACCCCCAGAUCCCCCCGCGGGGGCGGCUGCGGCGCCCACCCGGGGCUGACCCUACCACCACGCGGGGGGGGGUCAUCAUCUCCAACAACAACCAGUUCUCCAGCGCCUGGGCCUCCAUCCUCUGGUUCAACAUGCUCAGCUCUGACCCCAAGGCCCAGCAGUUCUUCUCGUCACCGCCACCGGCCCCGUGGCCCCGGCUGGCCGAGGUGCUGAGCUGGCAGUUCCAGAGCGUGGCCGAGCGGGGACUCAGCCGGGACAACCUCCUGAUGCUGGCCAAGAAACUCUUGGGCUCAAAGCCAUCACCGGACAGCACCGUGGCCUGGCCCAAGUUCUCAAAGGACAGCGGCGCCGGUUUCUCCUUCUGGGCCUGGCUGGACGGGAUCCUGGGGCUGCUCCAGGAGCACCUGAAGGAGCUCUGGAAGAAGGGACUCAUCCUGGGCUUCGUGAGCCACAAGCAGAAGGAGAAACUGCUCAAGUGCAAGCGGACGGGGACGUUCCUGCUGCGCUUCAGUGAGACCGUCCUGGGCGGUGUCACCUUCACCUGGGUGGAGCACCCCGAGACAGGACCCCCCAUUUUCCACGCCGUGGAACCCUACACGGCCUCGGAGCUGGUGUCGCUGGCGCUGCCCGACAUCAUCCGCGACUACCACAUGAGCCUGGAGGAGAAGAAUCCCGAGAACCCCCUCAAGUUCCUGUACCCCAACAUCGCCCGGGACGAGGCUUUCGGGCCCUUCUACAGCCAGAGGCUGGAGGGGAACCUGAGUGAGUCGCAGAAAUACCUGAACCGGCGCCUGAUCCGCGUGUCCUCCAGGCCGCCCAACCGGCGGCAGACAGAGGAGGAGCUGGUGGUGGCCACGCAGGACCUGCAGAUGCUGCAGCUGCAGCCCCGGGGGCAGGGGACACAGCAGCCUGGUGGCCUGCCAUUGUCACAGCCCCUGGGGACACCGCCGGUCACCCCUGGGAAUGUGGGGACCCCUCAGGGGGUGACCAUGAGCUUGGGGACAACACCAGUCACCCCUGGGAAUGUGGGGACACUACAAGUGAUGCCCACGAGGCCGGGGUCACUGCAGGUCACCCCUGGAACCGUGGGGACCCCUCAGGGAGUGACCAUGAGCUUGGGGUCACUGCAGGUCACCCCUGGGACCGUGGGGACCCCUCAGGUGGUGACCACGAGCUUGGGGACACCGCCGGUCACCCCUGGGAACCUGGGGACACCACAGGGGGUGACCACGAGCGCGGGGUCACUGCAGCCCAGGGGCCUGGGGAUGCUGCAACCCCAGCCCCAAAGCCUGGAGCCACCCCAGGUGGCAUCAGGGGUCCCCAACUUCCCUGGGACGCUGCCAGCGGCCCCAGGGGCCGCGGGGACCGUGCAGGUGCUGCCCGGGGGGCUGCGGGUGCUGCGGGUGGGCUCGGGGGACUCGGCGACGCUUCUGGGGACAGUGGCCGUGGGCUCGGGGCCGCCGCAGCCGGCGGAGCCACCGCGGGUCCCCGAGGAGCAGGGGACGCUGCCACCGGAGCUGCGGGACCUGGAGCUGCUGCCGGGGGCUCGGGACAUGCAGGAGCUGUUGCAGGGGGGCCGAGAGAUGCAGGAGCUGCUGCAGGGGGGACGGGACAUGCAGGAGCUGCUGCAGGGGGCUCAGGACAUGCAGGAGCUGCUGCAGUCGCUGGAGGAGCUGGAGCCGGGCCUGGAGGCGGCGGGGCUGAUGCCAGACGUGGUGCCAGCCUUGGAGGAGAGUUUCCAGCUGAGCCCCGGCAGCGCAGCUCUCCUGGACCAGCAGGACCCGUUCCUGCCUCAGCCCGAGGACUCGGUCCUGCCCGUGGUGCCCUCCCUGUUCACCGACUUCCCCCCGCUCCACAUCGACGCCAGCGACUUCCAGUGACCCCUCCCCAGCCCCUUCCCCUCCA